UUUCACCUUGGAAAUUUUUUAGUAAGAAAGCAUUGAGCUCACGAGAAGAACAUGAGCAGUUCCACAUGGAAUCGUUUGCACCACUUGCAGCAGAAAAAGACAAAAAAACCUGAGUGACCAGACCCGAGCACGAAAAUCCAACUCACAAACACAAAUAUACCGUCGGCAGAUUGCCGGAGCCAGCAUAACCCUUCCACUGUCACGGCCGGUGCUACUCACCAGAAACCACCCAACUCUUUAAAUUAUCAAUUCUUCUAUAUUAAUUACUCCAGUCCAGACUUACUGUGAUGAGAGGAAAAGGGAAUCAAAAUCAAGUCGAGGAAGAGUACGAGGAAGAUGAGUUUGGUUCUAGAAAAGAUGGCCCGUCUUCAAGUUUUACAGUGAACAACAAUAAUUCCAGUAAAGAUGGGAAGAAUAAUGACAGGGCAAAUGCAAUAAGAUCGAAACAUUCAGUCACUGAGCAGCGAAGAAGGAGCAAGAUCAAUGAGAGAUUUCAGAUAUUGAGAGAUCUUAUUCCUCAUAGUGAUCAAAAGAGAGACACGGCAUCGUUUUUAUUAGAGGUCAUUGAAUUUGUCCAGCAUUUACAGGAAAAGGUGCAAAAGUAUGAGGGUCCAUACCAGGGAUGGAGCCCUGAGCCAGCAAAGUUGAUGCCAUGGAGAAACAGCCACUGGCGCCUUCAAAGUUCUGUCGGUCACCCUCAAGCUAUUAAAAAUGGUUAUGUUCCGGGAGAAACAUUUCCAGGUAAACUUGAUGAGAAUAACAUUGCUCUCACACCAGCCAUGCUUCCAAGCACACCAAAUCUAGUAGAAUCCGACCAUGUUGCUUGCAAAGUGUUGGAAUUCCAACCUGAGCUAGCAAACAAGGUUAUGCCUCUUCCCACGCCUGCUCCCAUUCGAAGUGUUGGACUUGUUGCUCAACCCUGUCAACAACCAGUCACUGAUGCUCAAUCAGCUGAGUGUCCCAUCACCAGUGAAAUGUUGAACCAGCAGGAGCUGGCAAUUGAAGCAGGGACAAUCAAAAUCUCCAGUGUUUACUCUCAAGAGUUGCUGAAUACUCUAACGCAAUCGCUGCAGAGUGCUGGUGUAGAUCUAUCACAAGCCAACAUCUCAGUUCAGAUUGAUCUUGGAAAACGGGCAAAUAGAGGGCUGACCUCUGGUACAUUGACAUCUAAGGAUCCCCAGAAUCCCCAUCCUACCAAUGAAAUGAUAAACCACCCUAGGGAUACAAGUGGAGGAGAGGAUUCAGAUCAAGCUCACAAGCGGCUAAAGACAUCAUAAGGCACCAUGGGAUUUAUCAAGUUUGCAUUCGGUUUUCCUUUGGUUCCGAUUAUCAGUCAUUUGGUUAAUGUACAUGCUAUGCUUUUGGUUUCUCAGAUUCUUACAUACUUCAUGGAAUCAUGUUGAGAGCUGUCUCCUUAGAUGAUAAGUUUCAGUGGAGUUGCUUAGAUUUGUGGCCAUUUCAUGCCAUGGCCAUAUCGUGGUGGUUGUAACGUACAUAUUAAUUAAAGCCUUGUUUGGCAUUGCGCGGUCCAACCACAUUCUUUAA